GCUAAGUAUGAUUACUGUCUACGAUUUAGGACCUUCCAAAUUUCCCGAACACCUUGGUAGUUCACCCCACACGCGAAAGGUCAUAUUUUCGCUCAACUACAAAAAGCUCCCGUUCAAAGUCUCCAUUAUCACUUUGGGUGAGAUUGAACGGACUGCAAAAUCUAUCGGCGCACCUCCAACCACGUCCAAUCCGGACGGUUCACCCAAAUACACCGUUCCAUUCAUUCAAGACUCUUCCACCGGUGAAGCUAUCUCUGAUUCACUUUUAAUCGUGGAAUACCUGGACAAAGCGUACCCAACAACACCGAAGCUCGUCCCUGAAGGCACUCGGGUUCUACAAGCCGUAUUUGCAGAUGCUGUUACCGCAAAGGUCUACGCCCUAAUAAGUGUCUUUAUUCCCAAAUUCCUGGAAUGGUUCUCCCCUGAGUUCUUGGCUGAAAUUGAGAAGCGCAUGGGGCCGCCUAAGCUGCUCUCACAGGAAGAAACGAAGGAGGUAUGGGCAAAAGGGAAGAAGAGUUUCGAUGAACUCUUGAGCGCGUAUGAAAGCGCUGGAGUGGGAAAAUUCGUGGUGGGCGGUGAUAAACCUGUGUUUGCGGAUCUAGCUUUGGCGGCGAUGCUUUCUGGUGUGAAGAUUAUGUUUGGGGAUGAGAGUGAGGAGUGGAAGGACGUGAGUGGGUGGAUUGGGGGUAGAGCGGGAAAGGUAGUAGAGGAGACCUUGAAGUAUGAGAGAGUAUAAUCUACGGCUACAAUCCGGC